AUGUCGUCUUACAACGUCACGUCCCAACUGGAAUGGAUAUCUUCUUUGAAAGUGGAUAAACCAACCAACAUGAGAAAAACGUCUAUCAUUUGUACUAUUGGUCCUAAAUCUAAUAGUUUAGAAAUGAUCAGUGCUUUGCGCAAGGCAGGAAUGAAUAUUGUUCGAAUGAACUUCUCCCAUGGUUCUUAUGAGUACCAUAAAUCUGUCAUUGAUAACACGCGUGAAAAUGCUCGAUUAUAUCCUGGUCGACCUGUUGCGAUUGCUCUUGACACGAAAGGGCCCGAAAUCCGAACAGGUCUCAUGCGUGAUAAUGUCGAGCUUCCAAUCAGCGCUGGUCAUGAAAUGAUCUUCAGCACAGAUGAAAAAUAUGCUGAGGCUUGUGAUUUGAAUGUGAUGUACAUCGAUUACAAGAACCUGCCUAAAGUCAUUGAAGUAGGAAAAACUAUAUAUGUGGAUGAUGGUGUUCUUUCGUUUGAAGUAUUGGAAAUUCAUGAAGAUUGUGUUAAAGUUCGUGCUAUCAACAAUGGGAGGCUUUGUAGCAAAAAGGGGGUGAACUUACCUAAUACAAACGUAGAUCUACCUGCUGUAUCUGAAAAAGAUAAAAAAGAUUUGUUAUUUGGUGUAGAAAAUGAUGUAGAUAUGGUUUUUGCUUCUUUUAUUCGAUCAGGACAAGAUAUCAAGGAUAUCCGAGAAAUUCUUGGUGAAAAAGGAAAAUCAAUCAAAAUUAUUGCCAAGAUCGAAAAUCAACAAGGUGUCAAUAAUUUUGACGAAAUUUUAAAGGAAACUGAUGGUGUUAUGGUAGCUCGUGGUGAUCUUGGUAUCGAGAUUCCUGCCCCUCAAGUGUUUGUUGCGCAGAAAAUGAUUAUUGCUAAAUGUAAUCUUGUUGGCAAACCGGUAGUAUGCGCAACACAAAUGUUGGAAUCUAUGACAUACAACCCAAGACCAACACGUGCUGAAGUUAGUGAUGUUGCGAAUGCUGUCUUGGAUGGCGCAGAUUGUGUUAUGUUGUCUGGAGAAACUGCAAAAGGAUCUUAUCCUAUCGAAGCCGUAAAAAUGAUGCACGAAACGUGUAUCAUUGCUGAAUCGGUUAUUUGCUAUCCUCCUCUCUUCAAUGAGCUGCGUGCUCUCACUCAAUUGCCAAUGGACACCAUUGAAGCUGUUGCUUGUUCUGCAGUUAACGCCGCAAAUGAGACACACGCAGGUUGCAUCCUUGUUUUAUCCACGUCAGGAACUUCUGCACGUUUAAUUUCUAAAUACAAGCCCCUUUGCCCCAUUGUUACUGUUACGAGAAAUGCGCAAACUGCGAGACAAAUUCAUCUUUACCGAGGUUGCUAUCCCUUCAUAUAUGAUAAGCCUAGAGAUAAAGUUGAAGAUGAAUUACGCUGGCAAGAAGAUGUUGAAGAUAGAAUUCGAUGGGGGAUGAAUCACGCUGUUUCACUUAAAAUACUUAAAAGUGGUGAUACGGUUAUCGCCCUCCAAGGCUGGAAAUACGGUCUUGGAAAUACAAACACAAUUCGCAUCUUGUAUGCACCAUAG